GCGACGAAGCAGCUGAAGAAGAAACCUCACCCUUGGAACGUUAUAGAGGAAGAAGAAGAAGAGAAAUCGAUUCUUGUUCAGGAAAAUUUAAUGGCGGUUUCUACUGUAUCUUCGUUUCUAUUACCCUCCUUCGUCAUUCCAAGCUCUUCGCCUUCUUCUACCAGACUCAAAGUCUCUCUGCUACCUUCAUCGUCUACCCAUGGCGGCCUUAGUUCCUGCGUCCUUACUAAACCCUCCGUCUCUCUUACCAAGGUCUUCGCGGUUCCCGAAACCCUAGAUCCAACUCCAGAAAUUCUCGAUGAACCCGCCUCUGAGGUUCCGAGCUCUUCCUCCAUCAGUGUAGAUGCUGAUAAGAUGGCGCCAAAGCAAAAGAUUAGGAUCAAGCUUAGAUCAUACUGGGUGCCUCUUAUUGAGGACUCAUGCAAGCAGAUUCUUGAUGCUGCUAGAAAUACUAAUGCAAAGACGAUGGGUCCUGUUCCAUUGCCAACCAAGAAGCGUAUCUACUGUGUUCUUAAGUCUCCUCACGUUCACAAGGAUGCUAGGUUCCAUUUUGAAAUCCGGACACACCAGCGUAUGAUUGAUAUUCUCUACCCGACUGCUCAAACUAUCGAUUCUUUGAUGCAACUUGAUCUUCCUGCUGGUGUCGAUGUGGAAGUGAAGCUCUGAGGAACGAGCGUAACUACAAUGAUGUGAUGGGCACUUUUGCAUUGAAUGAACAGACUGUUUCAGAUCAACUACAUUGCUUAGAACCGGUAAGCCUUGUAUCAUCUUUUUGAGAACCUCUGUAAUGAAAAUGUAAGUUGUAUUAUCUGGUCCUUAGCAAAGUUGGAAUCUUUAGCGAUGUUUGGUUCUUAGUUGAUGAACAUAUCCUUAAUUAAGCAAGUUCAAAGGA